CAAAAUGAGGGCCAGCUAUAUCCUGCCCAUUUAUAUAUUCGAUUCAUCUUUUCUCCACCUUCCGUCACCAACCUCUUCCCUUCCAAUAAUAAUACAAGAUCAGCAUACCCCUUCUCCCAAUGGCAAUUGCACACGAUGCCAGGAUCCAGAGAGAGCUUUGCCCAAUCAAUUCAAUCACCUGAACAAUACAUGUGAUUGAUAUGGAUAUGGUUUUGUUGGAUUCGUCACAAUCAAUUUGAUAUGAAUCUGUACGAUUGUACACAAUCACUAGUUUGUUUUCAUUUGAAACUCCGGCCGAUGCAGUGAUUACCGACGGUGAGGAUCGCGAUUGUACACAAACCUUGUUCUUGCUGUGUAAUCUCUCCUACAAUGAACGAAACAGCCAGUGAAGGUGCAGAGGAUGGAGAUAUCUCAAGAGAAUGCCCAAUUAAGAGAAGAGGAGGCUGAGGGCAGUGGCGGAGCCAGAACUCGAAAAUAC